AUGACGCGCACUACCGAUCUCAUGGUGCCCCUGCUGGGCCUGAGCCUGGCACUGGCCCUGAGCCUGCCCGGAGCUGUGGCAGCCGACUGCGAGUCCCUCGGGCGCGUGGAGCACCUGGCAUUUGCUCAGGUGGCCAGGACGCGGGAGCUAGCCCCCUGUGACCGCGCGACAGGGCCCCUGGACUCCCUGUAUGGCACCGUGAGACGAUUCCUCUCUGUGGUUCAGCUUAACCCCUUCCCGGAAGAGUUGAUAAAGACCCUGCUGAACGAUCCAUCUUCUGUGAAGACAGAUGAGGUGGUUCGGUAUGAGGCAGGCUACGUCGUGUGUGCUGUCAUUGCUGGCCUCUACCUCCUGUCGGUACCCAUCACUGGGCUUUGCUUCUGUUGUUGUCGCUGCCGCCAGCGCUGUGGAGGCCGAGUGAAGACGGAGCACAAGGCCAUGGCCUGUGAACGUGGCACCCUCAUGACCUUCCUGCUGCUGACUACCCUUGUGCUUCUAAUUGGUAUGGUCUGUGCUUUUGCUACUAACCAGGACACACAUAGUCAGUCAGGCCCCAGUGUGGAAGCUAUCCCUGAGACCCUGCUCAGCCUAAGAGGCCUGGUCUCUGAUGUUCCUGAAGAGCUGCAGGCCAUGGCUGAACAGUUCUCUGUGCCUCAGAAGCAAGUCUCAAAGGAGUUGGAUGGUAUCGGUGAGAACCUUGGGAACAUAAUUCAUAACCGGCUCAAGAGCAUAGUGUACCCAGUGCUAGCCUCAAUGCACAGCUUGGGCCAGGCCCUGCAGGUCUCCAUAGACCACCUUCGAGCCCUGAACACCACCUCAGUGGAGCUGCAGGAGGGUCAGCAGCACCUGGAACCACCUGUGCAGGCGCUCCGGGAACGCCUGCUCACCCUGCUUCAGAAGAGCUGGUGCCAUAACUGCGAGGGGGUCCUAAGCCGGGCCAGUGCUCUGCAACUGGGUGCUGACUUUAGCCAGGUGCCCCAUGUGGGUGAUGUCCUGCUUCGGCUGAAGGGUGUCCCAGAAGCCAACUUCUCCAGCCUGGUCCAGGAGGAGAACACCACCUUCAAUAACCUCCCGAUCCUGGUUAAAAUGCAGACGGUCAGUGUGGUCGAAGAUCUGAAAAAGGCACUGGCUGAGCAGCCUGAAGGUGUGAGGAUGCUGGCCCAAGCAUUCCCAGGUUCAGAGGCAGCUUCCCGCUGGAGCCAGGCACUGGAGGGGCUGGAACAGCACAGCCGCCCCUACUUGCAGGAGGUGCAACGAUAUGAGACGUACAGGUGGAUUUUGGGAUGUGUGCUGUGCUCUGCCAUCCUGCUUGUGGUGAUCUGUAACCUGUUGGGCCUCAGCCUAGGCAUCUGGGGGUUGUUUGCCAGGGAGGACCCCAGCCACUCUGAAACCAAGGGCGAGGCUGGAGCCCGCUUCCUCAUGGCAGGUGUGGCCUUCAGCUUCCUCUUCUCAGCCCCCCUCAUCCUCCUUGUCUUCGCCACUUUCCUGGUGGGCGGCAAUGUGCAGACGCUGGUGUGCCGGAGCUGGGAGAGUGGAGAGCUAUAUGAGUUUGCUGACACCCCGGGGAACUUGCCUCCAUCCAUGAACCUGUCCUACCUUCUUGGCCUGAGAAAAAACAUCAACAUCUCCCAGGCCUAUCGACAGUGCAAGGCAGGGGCAGUACUCUGGAAUGUUCUACAGCUCAAUGACUCCUAUGACCUGGAUAAGCACCUGGAUAUCAAACAGUAUACCUCCAAGCUUCAGCAGGAGUUUCAGAGCUUCAAAGUAGAUUUGAAGGAUCUAGACCUGUUGAGCCCUGCUGCCCGCCAGGACCUGGAGGCUUUGCAGAGUAGCAAGCUGGAGAAUAUCCACUACAGAGAUUUCAUUGUACAGAUCCAGCAGCCUGUGGUGAAGACUGACAUGUGGCAGCUGGGGCAGGAGCUGGAAGGACUGGCCCAGGCCCAAAAUGACUCUUCACUGAGGCAGCAGCUACAGGAUGAGGUCAGAGAACUUCGAAGCCUUUACCAGGAGAAGGUUGCCCCCCAGGAGAGCCUUGUGGCCAAGCUCAACCUCAGUGUCAGGGCCUUGGAGUCCUUGGUCCCCAAACUGCAGGCAAAUACCUCAAGCUUUCUUGACACUGUGGCCAGUCUAAAAGGAGAGCUGCCGGUGCAGCUCCACCACAUCCUGAGGAAUGCCACGGAGUGUUUCCUGACCAGGGAAAUAGGCUACUUCUCUCAGUAUGUGACCUGGGUGAGAGGAGAGGUGACUCAGCACAUCGCCACAUGCCAGCCCCUCUCUACAGCCCUGGACAAUGGUCAUGUGAUCCUGUGUGACAUGAUGGCCGACCCCUGGAAUGCCUUCUGGUUCUGCCUGGGGUGGUGCACCUUCUUCCUCAUCCCCAGCAUCAUCUUCGCUGUCAAGACCUCCAAAUACUUCCGUCCCAUCCGGAAACGCCUCAGCUCCACCAGCUCUGAAGAGACACAACUUUUCCAUAUACCCAGGGUCACCUCCCUGAAGUUAUAG